AUGCGCUCCUUCGUUUUCGUCACGAUCGCCGCCCUUGCCAUCGGCCAGGCCGCAGCUCAGAUGCCGGCUCGCGUCCAGCCUCUCGCGCCCCGCCAGAGUGUCGAGACUGAGUGCAACACCGUGCCCGAGUGCGGCCAAGGCAACCUCGGCGCGACUUGCCAGGUGACCUGCAUCGACAACCCUGGAGGCGAGCGCAAGCGCACCGGCACCUGCAAGGAUGGCACUUUUGGCAUCAGCUGCUACUAG